CAGAAAAAAAUUCUGCAAGUGUUUCUCAGAAAAUUUGAAAUUGGUUCCAAAUUGGCAGAGGUAUCGAUCACAUUAGAGCAACAGAAGAAGAAACAAGAAAUGGGUGCGCCACCUUUUUCACUCUCACGCCGCUUCUUCAAAACCCUGUUUCCCUUCUCCUCCUUCUAUUCCUCAUUCUCCACCACCACCACCUCACCACCGCCUCCAAUCCGCGUCGCCCUCACCGAGUCGGUGGGCCGCGCCGUCUUCGCCACCCGCCCCAUCGCCUCCGGAGACCUCAUCCACACCGCCAGCCCCGCCGUCUGCCACCCCUCCGCUCCCGGCGCCUGCUACUUCUGCCUCGCCAACUCCGGACCUCGGCAGCCUCUGACCUUCUGCAGCCAAUACUGCUACCGACGCUCCAAGGGAUAUUACAAUGUUGAGAUGAAGGAAAAUUGGGUGGCUUUUGAAGACUAUUGCCGGACCCAUGGUUUGAAGUAUCCCUUGUUGGUAAAGCGAUUGGCUUGCAUGGUCAUAUCAGGAGAUGCCACAAGUGACACUCUUGACAUACUUCAGCCAACCAAUUUGACGCCUGAGAUGGUUUUAGAGAUGGAAGAGGGGUUUCUCUUGCUAAGGAAUGCCUUCACAAAGGCACUUGUGGCAGAUGAACAUAUUGCCUUUUUAACUAAGCAAUGGUACAUUAAUGUUUUGGCACGAAUCCGAAUCAAUGCAUUUCGCAUUGAGUUGGCUGGAGGACUAUACGAAGAUCUUCUUUCAUCAGCAGUUGCAUCUGUGGAAGCUGAAGCUGCUGUUGGAAAUGCUGUGUAUAUACUUCCAUCCUUCUACAAUCAUGACUGUGAUCCAAAUGUACACAUCAUUUGGAUAGAUAGUGCUGAUGCAAAAUUGAAGGCACUCCGUGACAUUGAUGAAGGUGAAGAACUCAGAAUCUGCUAUAUUGAUGCCAGCUUGGACCGUGAUGCCCGACGGGAGCUGCUAUUUCGAGGUUUUGGUUUUCAAUGCAAUUGUCGUAGGUGCUUGCACGGCGAUUAGUUAUUCUUCUGUAUGUUUUCUCCUGGAUUUUGCAAUAUCUAAUGUGUUAUGACCAGAACUAGGAAUUCAAUAAGAAUUCGAAGGACUAAUAGAAAAUAGGGACUCUAUGUGAAGAAAAGAACCCGAAUGUUAUAUUUGAAGAAGAAAGAUGAGAAUACCAAUUUGUGAAUGAAUUACUGU